GGAGGGGAUGCCCACCUGGUUUGGGCUGGGACCUCUGGGAGGGGCAUGCAGAACUGCCCUGGUAAGUGGAGGGCUUUACAGACAGUGCCACAACCACAGCCGUGGCAAACCCUCUUCCUCCUGCGGGGUGGAGUGUGGAGGCUCCUGUGUGGCGCUGGGGGCCUCAGAUUCCCAAGUGGCUGGAAGGAGUAAUGGCUUAGGAAGAGUGAGCAGCAGUGGGGACACUGGCAGAGAGGCUUGUACAGACACUGCCCGGUGCCUCCAGCUCAGGCUUGCUGCCCUGUGGUGCUCCUCCCAAACUCAGAGAGCAGGUAUGUCCAUUCACCCGUGCCAUCAGGAACCUGAGCUCAAAGCGCUACAAUGACUGGCCGGGGACUAGCAGCGGCUCAGUGAUGGGUGGGCUGGGACUUGGGACUCCUGACUAAGACAUGGGGUUCUGAGGGGAGAAACCAGGAAGGGUGGCCUUGAGAAGGCCAUCCCUGCCAGCCUCAGGCAGUGGGCUUCGAGGGGGAGACUAGGGCUGAGGAGCCAGCCAGGUGGCGGCUCAGGGUCACCCAAAGCUGACUGAAGGGGAGAGGACCCGUUGCAUCCCCUUGGGCCAGAGCCCACAGGCCAGGCCCUGGAGGAUCUCAGGCUGCACCAGGCUUGCUGGACACAGGCUCAUUGUCUCUAGGGCUUUCUGUCUUGCUGUAACGCCUCUCCAGCCAGCUGCAGCUCCUGCUGACCUAUCCCACCCGGCACAGGUCAUCCAAUGGGGACUCACGGCCCCAGCCUCCUGGCUCGAUGAGGAUGACAGGAAAGGGACACAGCCGGUGCUGAUGCUGGGAGGCCUCCAGGGAUGGAGGGUGGCCUGGCUGGUGACCGCACAGGAGCUGGGCUGGUGAUGAAGGUCAAGCAGGAGAAGCCGGAGCGGCUGCUGCAGACACUGGCACCGCAGGUCAUGCUUGCGGAGAAGGACAAGGAGAACAUCUUCCAGCAGCACCCGGGCCUCCCGCCACGCCAGACCAUGGGGCGGCCUCGAGCCCUGGGGGGACAGGAGGAGUCUGGGAGUCCAAGGUGGGCCCCUCCCACUGAGCAUGAUGCGGGGCUGGCAGGCCGGGCUCCCGGGUCAGCCUCCGCUCCCCUGAGCCCCUCGCUUUCUGCCGGCGAGGGUCACUUUGUGUGCCUGGACUGCGGGAAGAGGUUCAGCUGGUGGUCGUCCCUGAAGAUCCACCAGCGCACCCACACCGGGGAGAAGCCGUACCUCUGCGGCAAGUGCGGCAAGAGCUUCAGCCAGAAGCCGAACCUGGCGCGCCACCAGCGGCACCACACUGGCGAGCGACCCUUCUGCUGCCCCGAGUGCGCACGGCGCUUCAGCCAGAAGCAGCACCUGCUGAAGCACCAGAAGACCCACUCCCGGCCCGCCACCCACUCAUGCCCCGAGUGCGAGCGUUGCUUCCGUCACCAGGUGGGCCUCCGCAUCCACCAGCGCGCGCACGCCCGGGACCGCCAGGGCUCCCGCGCCGGCCUGCACGAUUUGCUUCGGGACGCGGCGGCGCGCCGGGCCUCUCGCCUGCGGCCGGGGCCGCCGCGGGGGCGCCCCGAGUGGGCCUGGCUGGGGCUCUGCCAGGGCUGGUGGGGCCAGCCUGGGGCCCGGACCACGGUCUCCGGCCCCUCGGGGCCGGGCGAGCCGCGCCAGUUCAUCUGCAACGAGUGUGGCAAGAGCUUCACCUGGUGGUCGUCGCUGAACAUCCACCAGCGCAUCCACACUGGCGAGCGGCCCUACGCGUGCCCCGAGUGCGGCCGCCGCUUCAGCCAGAAGCCCAACCUGACAAGGCACCUGCGCAACCACACGGGCGAGCGCCCGCACCCCUGCCCGCACUGCGGCCGCGGCUUCCGCCAGAAGCAGCACCUGCUCAAGCACCUGCGCACGCACCUGCCCGGAGCCCAGGCCGCGCCCUGCCCCAGCUGCGGUAAAAGCUGCCGCAGCCGCGCCGCACUGCGCGCCCACCAGCGCGCCCACGCUGCCGCUGAGCCCGCCAUUCCGGCCGGGGAACCGGGCGACCAGCUGCAGGCCGAGGCCAUCCCAGGCUUGGCCGCGCGGCCGCGGAGCUCCCAACGGUCCCCGGGGGCCCGGGACGCGCUGUGGGGCCGGGGACGCGCGGGCCUCACCGGGCCUGGCGAGCCGCGCCAGUUCAUCUGCAACGAGUGCGGCAAGAGCUUCUCGUGGUGGUCGGCGCUCACCAUCCACCAGCGCAUCCACACUGGCGAGCGGCCCUACCCGUGUCCCGAGUGCGGCCGCCGCUUCAGCCAGAAGCCCAAUCUGACGCGGCACCGGCGCAACCACACAGGCGAGCGGCCCUACCUGUGUCCCGCCUGCGGCCGCGGCUUCAGCCAGAAGCAGCACCUGCUCAAGCACCAGCGUGUACAUCGCGCGGCCUCUGCGUGCAGCCCCAAGGAGGAGGCGCGCUAGUGGACGGGACCUCAGCGGACCCGUGGUGGUGCGGGGGAUGUUUGCGGGGUAUGUGUGGGGAGUGGGUGUGGCCAGGAUUGCUGGCUCUUAGAACUCCCCACAGCGGGACCGGUAGAUUCCUCAAGGCUCUGAAGGACUGAGAAUAGUUCUAGAAGGGCCCAAGAGGGUGCUGGGAAAGGUCCCAGCGUGGGUUGAGGGAGGAGGAGGGAAGAUCCGAGUUCCUCACUGCGGGCCCGGAUGUGACCACCCUCUUCAGAGGUUGGACCCCAGGCUUCAAGCAGCGAGUGAGGGGCCUGUUUGGGACGCUGGGAAAGUCUCCUGGUGUGAAGUGGCUGAGGUCUGGACUAGUCAGCUGCAGCACCAGCCGGUCCUGCCCACGCUUCAGGAUGGCCAGGGGCUGCCCCUGUAGGAGAGUUGCCAAGACUCGGUGAUACCAAGGAUGGAAGCCAGAGGCUGUGGCGAGGGAGAGCCAAGUAUAUUCCCAGCACUAGGGCCAGAGCUGGCACGUCGUAGGAAUCCAAUAAAUAUUUUUGGAAGGA